AUAUAUAUUUUUUGAAAAAGUCAGUGGCUGUUUCUACUUCCUUAGUAUUUGACCGUUGGCGGCGGUUGGUGAUUAGUAAUUCAAAAUUCCCUAUCUCCUUUUAGCGGUCGUGAGUACCCGCCAAAAAAUACGUUUCGCUUUAACGUAACUGCUAGUCAUAUUGACAAGAACUGUGCAGUGACUAUCACUGCAGUUUUGGUUAUUUUUACAAUUUUCUGACUUCAUUUUCAACUAUUCAAACCUUUUGCAUUUGAAGAAAAGCAUUUCAAGUUGAUAUUUCAACAAAUAUAUUGUACACUUUCAUCAAAUUCAGUGAGAUAAAAGCUUUCUGUGAUUUCUAAUUGGGAAUGGGUCUUGCGUCUAAUGGUGUCAGUUCAGUUGACAAGCGAACACCUGGUAUAGACGAGGCAACCAACAAAUCUUCUGAAUUUCACCUGGUGUCUCAUUCACAUUAUGAAGAUUCUGAUGGGGAAGAUGCCAAUCAUCUCGGGUCCAAAAAAAUCAAACCUGUCGAUGGUCUGAUUCUUAAAACACCUAUAGCCUUCCAGAAGGAUUCCGACUUGGAUAUGAUCCCUAUUCGUAAAGAGGGGAUGGCAGUUUGUGAAAAGUGUGGAGCAAUUGGCGUUAAACAUUCAUUCUACACCAAGGAAAGGAGAUUUUGUAGUCAAGCGUGUGCUAAAAGUUUCAACGAAAGCCCGCACAUGAGUUCCAAUAAUUCAGAGAAACGUCUUAAUUUACAACCCGGGCAGCAGCCUGUCAACAGGAAGCUGGGCCAGCCGGCAGAAGAUGUUCAUGUGUAUUCCAACAAAAAACGGCUGCUCUUAGCCAAAGAAGUACCUGGAUCAGACAAAGACAAGUAUGGAUUCGAUUGGGUGGAAAUGCUGACUGAACCGGGCUUUGUAACACCACCCAUUUCCUGCUUCCGUCAUGCUCCUUUAUGUGAUACUUGGGCAUCAGAUGUCAGCGUCGGCAUGAAGGUCGAGGUUGAAAACACUGACACCCGGCAAGCAACAGCCAACAGUGAUCCACAAUCGUAUUGGGUGGCAUCUGUCAUCAGCCUGAUGGGUUACAAGGCCUUGCUUCGCUACGAAGGCUUCGGCAAUGACGAUUCCAAAGAUUUUUGGGUCAAUCUGGCAGCUGAAGACGUCCACCCUGUCGGUUGGUGUGCCUCUAAAGGGAAACCACUGAUACCACCACGAACUAUCCAGGACAAAUACACCGAGUGGCGAGAGUUCUUGGUGAAACGAUUGACGGGGGCCCGUUCAUUGCCCAACCAGUUUCACGUUCGGGUACUUGAAGCCUGUAGAUCUCGCUUCCGACUCGGAAUGACCGUCGAGCUUAUUGAUCGCAAUCGCCUAUCCAGCGUGAAAGUAGCCGUCAUCGAUAUGAUCGUUGGUCGUCGGUUGCUUCUCCGUUACGAAGGUUCGGUUCCCGAUGAAAUGGGAUUCUGGUGUCACGAAGAAUCUAGCCUGAUCCACCCUGUAGGCUGGUCGCAAGCUGUUGGUCACCACAUCGAUGCUUUGCCAGCCUACCUGGAGCGAUGCGCCAAAAAAGUGUUUUUGCAUAAUGAUGCCUCCAGCGAAUUGUUUAACGAAAUGAAACCGACACAAGGCAAUGGAGCGCUCAAGUUUAAAGAAGGCAUGAAGCUGGAAGCAGUGGAUCCUCUCAACUUGGACCACAUCUGCGUUGCAAGUGUUGUCAAGGUCUUGCGGCAAGGAUACUUGAUGAUCCGCAUCGAUCGACAAGAGGCGGAUGCCGGCGAUGAUCAGGUUGAAGAUCCCGGCGAGUUCUGUUAUCAUUCGAGUUCGGCUUGUAUCGCUCCGCCUGGAUUCUGCGAGGCGAACGCAAUCACUUUGAAACCACCGGAAGACUACGAAGGUCGCUUUCGCUGGGGAGACUACUUACGACAGAAUAAAGCCACUCCAGCACCGGAAUCCCUUUUUGGCGGGCGAGACGAGAACAUGCCACAGUUACGCGUAGGCAUGCGGGUCGAAGCGGCUGACUUGAUGGAUCCUCGCCUGGUUUGCGUUGCUACGAUUGCACAAAUCGCUGGCCGGCUAGUUCGUAUCCACUUUGACGGCUGGAGUGAUGACUUUGAUCAGUGGAUGGAUAUAUCUUCACCAGAGAUCUACCCAGUCGGUUGGUGUGAGUUGGCUGGCUACCGCCUCGAAACUCCUAUUGCUCCUGUAGUUGUGGCGCCAGUCGUAAAGAAGGGAAGGAAGCCCGGCCGAGGUGGAAGAGGAAAAUCCAGAGGAGGUGCCAGAGGUGGCGGCCGGUCUCAAAAUAUCUCUACCUCAACUGCUGCACCAAAUGCCGUGGUUAACAAAAGGGAAAGAUCGCCAUCAGCGGAUUCUUCAAAGGCAGUAGUGCGCGGGAAAACUGCAAAACUCAUUCCCUUGCCAACUAAGAAAUCUCAGGAAAGCCCAAGGAGUCUUCGCUCACGUGGUGGUCAGAAUCAAAACUGUCCAUCACCGGCCGACGAGGCUCCGACUGCCAUUCAAAACCUCCACCAGCGUUCUACCAGACGAAGAACAGAACCUGACGAUGCGGAAAUGAGCAAUUCGAGUUUUGCAAGUCCUAAUAGAUCCAUGCCGCCAACUUCAGCAACCGUCCCGAAAGCAGAGAGCCACUCAACCGGAGAAUCGAACGAUUACAAUGGCAAGCGCAUCCCUAGGCUCAUUGACAUUUCUGCGGCCCUUCGAAGAGAAGCAUUGUCCGGUGUAUCACCCCUCGAAUGGACUACCCAAGACGUGGCUCAGUUUUUACGAGUCAACGACUACACUGCCUAUUGCGAUACAUUUACCAAUGCAUCGGUGGACGGACGAGGACUCUUGUCGAUGAGCAAGGACCAGGUGUUACAACUUACCAACAUGAAACUGGGUCCCUCGCUCAAGAUUUUUGACCUUGUCAGUCAACUCAAAUCAAAAGUUGGCCCCGGUUCUCGUCAGCAGAAUGCUAGUAAUUAGUCACCAGGUCCCAACUCUCUUCUUUGUUUCAUUUAACCUAGAAAAUGACUACAGACGGUCUUAAUUCCUCUUCAUCCCUCGCCCUUCAAUCGGUUCUUUAAAGACUCUUUACUUCCCUGCCAGCUUCAGUUGAGUUGAUAGCAAAGAUGGAAUUGUUGUGAUUCUUCACUUGAUUCCACUUGCCGUUUUUUUGUAUAUGUAGCGCGUGUCUCUUUUCGACACGACUCACCCGUCUUAAUUAACACCUGCACACCUCGCCCAUGAUCGAACCCAACGUAAGAACCAUUGGAAAAAAACGGGUUCUCUAUCGGUUGGUCGUGGUAACACAAAAAAUUUCUUACUAACAACCAAACGAUCUUUUUUGUUUUAACAAAGAAACAUUUUUGGUGGCACACUUGAAGUUAAAAUAAAAAAUGUUCUUUUUGUGAUUUAA